GGUUUUCUCUUUCUCAUUUACCUCAAACUCUUCAUAGGAAAAUUAGUGCAUUUGCUGAAGAGUAAGAGCAACGAUGGUGGAGAAAGGCAGCAAGGCCAGGAAAGAGGAGGUUGUCUCAAGGGAGUACACCAUUAAUCUACACAAACGUCUCCAUGGAUGCACCUUCAAGAAGAAGGCUCCAAAAGCCAUCAAGGAAAUCAGGAAGUUCGCCCAGAAGGCCAUGGGGACUACAGAUGUUCGAGUUGAUGUCAAGUUGAACAAGCAGAUAUGGAGCCGUGGAAUUCGUAGCGUGCCAAGGAGAAUCCGGGUCCGCAUUGCACGCAAGAGGAACGACGACGAAGAUGCUAAAGAGGAGCUUUACUCUUUAGUAACCGUUGCAGAAAUUCCUGAUGGUGGGUUGAAGGGAUUGGGCACCCAAGUUAUUGAGGACGAAGAAUAAACUUCUGUUUUAAAAUUUACUGACGCCCAAUUUUGCUAUACCUCUGAUUUUAUCUUUAGACUAUUUGAUGUAUGUUUGGAGACAUCGAUUUCUAUGGAUUUUGUCUUGUUAUUUAUUAUUGCAGUUCAGCUUGUUCAGGAUUAUCUGUCCCUUCAAUGCUAGAAUUUACUUGAUUUUGUUUGA